CGACACUGACAAGGCGCCAAACCAACACAUGAACGAAGCAUCCCUGAGCGCGGCGAGUACGGCAGCAGAGCUCGAUGACCUGCUACAGUCAUUCAAGCAGCAGUUCUUGCCAUGGAUCGCUCAAGCAGACUCUCGGGACGCCAAGGUGCUGGAUCACUUUGACGGCAAAGAGCUCUCCGACAGGCUACAAUUGAGUCUUCCGGAAGACCCAUGCGGCAAGGAUACCCUCCUGGCACUUCUCGAGAAGACUUUGAAGUACAGUGCCAACACCUGGCAUCCUGGAUUCAUGGACAAGCUCUUUGCAUCGACCAAUUCAAUCGGCGUCAUUAGCGAAUUACUCCUGGCGGUCCUCAACACCAAUGGACACGUCUUUCACGUCUCGCCGGUACUGAGCUUGAUGGAGAUUCACACAGCACAGGCCAUGGCACGGCUAUUUGGCUACACUACAGAAGAAUGCGGUGGACUGACGCUGCCUGGUGGUUCUCAGUCCAACACGCUCUCUAUGGUCACAGCACGUUCGACACUCUUCCCAGAAACCAAAGAUGAAGGUUCAGGGUCUCACAAGUUUGUGCUUUUUACGAGCAGACAUGGUCAUUAUUCGGUUGAAAAGGCAGCCAUCUUGCUUGGCCUCGGACGGAAAGCAGUGAUUGCGGUGGAUAUCGACGCACAAGGACGUAUCAUUCCAGAGGCGCUCGAAGCUGCGAUCGUCAAGGCGAAAGAGCAAGGUCAAACUCCUUUCUAUGUCAAUGCGACGGCAGGCACCACCGUUCUUGGGUCAUUUGACCCCUUUGAGGAGAUUAGCCACAUUUGCAAGCGUCACAAUCUUUGGAUGCACAUUGAUGGUUCGUGGGGCGGUGGCGUUGCUUUCAGUAACAAGUACAAGUCCUUGUUGAAAGGUUCACACCUCGCAGACAGCAUGACCAUCAAUCCACACAAGAUGUUAGGAGUUCCUCUACAGUGUUCAUUCCUGUUAGCACCAGAUGCGCGGAUAUUCCAGCGUGCAAAUAGCUUGAACGCUGCGUAUCUCUUUCAUCCUGGCAAUGAAGGCUAUGACUUGGGUGACUCAACGAUGGGAUGUGGUCGACGGCCGGAUGCAGUCAAGAUGUUUCUCUCGUGGAACUGGUAUGGUCGGAGUGGUUAUGAGCAGCGCGUGAAUCGUGCGUAUGAGAAUGCUGCGUUAUUGGCAGGCAAGAUUGCAGCGAAUCCUCGCUUUACGCUUGUGUCAGAGAACCCUCCACCGUGCUUACAGGUAUGUUUCUACUUCCAUGCGGAUGAAGAGGCAGAGAGAACAGAUUCAGAGCGGAAUACAGAGACCACCAGGCGAAUUGCCGGGUUGUUGGAUAGACAGGGCCGGUUCCUGGUGGACUUUGCGCCUGGCCCCCAUGGUGAGUUCUUCAGGGCUGUGCUCAACUCACCGAAUCAGAAGGAGGAGACGCUAGAUGAGCUGGUGUCUAGUAUAGAACAACUGGGAUCGCAGUAGUGUAUAUACUACUACUAUAGUAAUACGGCUUGCAUGUUCACCGUCGAAGGCUCCCGUAAGACCUUCCGUACGUCUUUCAUCAGGCCCUUGGCAUUGCUAGCAUGUAUUUGCCAAUGCCGAGAGUACACUGUCGCCGGCACCGGCGCCCAGUCAUUCAGCAGGACGGGUUGUGAGCGCGCAACCACACAGAGCAGUCAAGUACCCAGUCACAUGGCUUGGCAGCCUUGGCUUGUCACUAGGUUGUUAGUGCAUCUCUCUGCCACAUGUCGCGUGCUUCCACGUGAUGGUCACCCCUUGUUCUACUUUUUAGGGAGCAAUUGCUCUACUCUGCUACUCAC